CUUUUUUAGUCAAUUAUAGGCGACAUAAAUUGUUUACUUUGCAGCCAUAAUGAAAUCGGACAUGUUUUACGUAUGCCAUUUUAUAAACAUUUAAGAAACAUACCUAUUCAGGAAAUAGUUCUGACUGUGACAGCCAUCACAAAAGUCCAACGAGAUUAUGAUGUUAGUUAACAUCAGAGAGAGUAGACUUGGCCCCCACAGACAGAAACGAGACCUUGUAGUGUGUGGGAGGAGUUCUUUGUUUCCAUGGAGACGCGUCCCUUGGCACGAAACUCGCAGUCAAAGAUUGCAGCAGCCACAUUGUCAGUGCACUCAAGAAGGCCUACGCUACUUUGUAAAUGUUUAGAAAAUGAUUUUGCAAAUGUUAACAAUUUUUUCCAACCUAUCGAUGGUCACCCUGUUUCUGAUAGUGUUUUAUUUCUUUUAAAAACGAUUACUUUUUCAACGACCGCACAUAAACAAAGUAUAAUAAUGCGAGAGAGGGAAGACUGUAAACUGCUUUUGCUACCCAAGAACACUGAAAACAAAGAGAAGAGAGCGAAGAAGAAAGACAAGAAGAAACUGACGAAUGCAUCCAAGAAAAGAGGGCAUUCAAGUACUCCUCAAAAUUCAGAUGAUACAGAGAAGGCUUCCCCCCCUCUAGCCACGCCCACGAGACCCCCCCUGUCUGAAGAGUCCGCUGACCAAACGGUCAAGGUCAAAGGUCGUUUGAGACAUGGGGAGGGUGCCAGAAGAAGGACAAGGCCACCCAAAGAAGGCAAGACCCCAUCUGGGAUGUCAUCAGUGACGGGAGCUCCAUCUCAGGCACGUAUGGUGGAGAUCAGUGCCCAGGUCAAGGAGAGCCUUAGGUGGGAAGGAGUUCUGGAGGACCCCUUGGCGGAAGAGAAGAGGCUGGAGGUGUACAGGGCUAACAGGCGCCAGCGUUACCUGGUCCACAGACAGGCUCUGAUCGCAAGAGCCAAGACACCUGUUUUAAAUCAGGACUCAAACAGAGAUAAAGAGGAUCGCAAUGUUGUGACUUAACUUUUACAGGACCAAUAGCAUAAUUAAGAAUAGAUAUUCAUUGUUUUACAGCUUUCUAAUUUUGUUAAAUUCAUGUGAUAAAGAAAUAAACUGCGAUAAGGAAGGAGUAUCAUCCAGUUUAUUCAGCCUUCUUAUUGCAACCCAUAGGUGGCGUUGUAAGACUGUAUUCAACAAUAGCAACCUAUUUAAUUCAGGAAUUAAGUGAAUUGCACCUGAAGAACACCUACUGUCAUUAUCACUGUAAUAAUUAGGUGUUGACCAGGGUUGAACAGUCCACUGCGCAGUGCAGUCCCACACAGCAACUACCCUUGGUCUUGUGGUACUGUACAGAGAUGAGGCUACUACAGUUACCUUACAAAACACCAGUGUACCACAGGAUGCCUUUAAAUGUUAAUGGAGGAUUUGUAGAGUUUAACUGCUCCUUCUAAAUAAUUGAGUAUUUUUGUAAACCGCAGAGUAGUUACCUGUUCUCAUUGGUGGCUGUCAUGAAUGUAAAUGUCCAGUAGCUCUGUUCGUCACACAACUAGUAACGGAAAGGAUUGUGUCGUGCAAGGACGAAAGAUUAGCAAUGCCUACUGGUGCAUGUACCAAAAUGUAUAUAGAUGAAACCACACGUUCUGCCAUGUCAAAGGUGUCCUUUAUUUUUCAAAGUCAGUACAAAGAGAAAUAGAUAAGCUGCAACAGUACAUGUCAAAGGCAGACCCUGCCCAUACACAGUGCAAGAGCUCUCCUCAGUCAUAAGUAGCAAGUGGUGAUUGGCUUCUAGAUUCUUCUGGAUGUUUUACAUGGU